AAAACAUUCACAGGGCAAAAUAGUUUGCAAGUUACAUUUCCUAAGUAUGUAGUUUAUGAAUAUAUAAGCAAUUUAUAAAGUGUUACAUCAAUUUAAAUUAAUUAAUAAUAUUCCAAAGUUGUUAUAUUUUGCAUUUUUUAUGACAAAACUAUCGAAAAACUGAACUACAAAUGCCACAUACUACUCGGAUUUCGAAAACAAAAUGGCGCUUACUGCUUCACUUCGGACUUGCCAUGUGCAUCCUGUAGUUUUGUUGAGUAUAGUAGACUCAUAUGAAAGACGAAAUGAAGACGCUAAACGAGUUAUUGGGACUCUUCUCGGAACAAACACCCUAGGCCAUAUUGAAGUGACAAAUUGUUUUUCUGUGCCACAUAAUGAAUCUGAAGAUGAGGUAGCAGUUGAUAUGGAGUUUGCCAAGAAUAUGUAUGAUCUGCAUAAACGAGUCAACUCAGCUGAAAUGAUUGUAGGAUGGUAUGCUACUGGGUCUGAAAUUACAGAACACUCUGUACUAAUACAUGAAUACUACAACAGAGAAUGUAAUAAUCCAAUACAUAUAACAGUUGAUACUAUGUUGAAAGAUGAUAAACUGUCUUGCAAAGGAUGGCAAAGCCAAUCAAUGGGAGUUCCUGGAAAAACGAAAGGCACAAUAUUCACUCCAGUACCCAUAGACACAAUAUUUUAUGAACCAGAAAAAGUUGCAAUUGAUAUGUUUAUAGAAGGCAAGAAUGCACUGCCGAAUAAAAGAACGAUAGAUAUAGUGACAGACUUGGAACAUGUUGGUAAAAAUGCUGGUAAACUUCGAGAACUACUGACAAUUGUCAUCAACUAUGUUGAUGAUGUCUUGGGUGGUAAGAUGGCAGCUGAUAAUAUAAUUGGACGAUAUUUAAUGGAUUUAUUGAAUACUGUACCACAGAUAGAAGCUGAGCAAUUUGAAGAAAUGCUCAACAAUAAUAUGAAAGAUCUCUUGAUGGUUGUAUAUUUAUCCAAUCUUGUGAGUACACAGUUAGCACUGAGUGAGAAGAUCAAUAUGUUGGAUACUCGUGGCUUGGAGAAAUAAAUAUAUCAGAAGUCGUUGAUCAAUAAACCAUUUUCCAUUCACUGCGAGA